AGCGGUACAAACGCUCACACCCGCUCCUGCACUCGGCAAGUGUCGGCUGUAAGACCGGAGGAGGGCUGCAGGACGGGGACGCAGCACCGGGUCAAAACAAAACCUCCAGUCAGGAUGGACUGAGGGAACAACUGCGGGGACAAGAGGUCAGUUGGCCCGGUCAGAGGGAAAACAACAUGAGGAAACCACCGCCGGCCAGCGUGGAUUUGUUUUCUCAUAAAACGUAACAUUUUUGUCCCAUGCAUCACCCUGCUUCAUCAGGGCUGAUGUGGAAUAUUCAACUGUUCCAGUUAGUUUCCUGAGACACUUCUGGUAACAGGCAAGCAGACAGGAAGCGGACAUCAUGGACUGACUGAGAGAGUCGGGACACAUGUGAACAGAUGAGUCACAUCUGACUGAUGGAUGAUGUAACAAUGUAAUGAUGCCUUUUCGCCGACCUUGGAGCUAAUUGGACCAAGAGAAAGUGUUUUUACAAGCUCAUACGUUCACUUUGCCAAUGACAAAACAAGUUACAAUCUCAGCGGCAGCGGAGAGGCAAUGACCUAAUUCAGAUUAAAAGGCCUCAUACUGAUAAGUAGCCGGCCUCCUCACUGGGUGAUGGAACAUAAUCACAAAUGGACUCUUAUCAUCGUGGCUGGAGUGUGUGAGGUUACAUGAUAUUUGUGUGUGUAUGUGUGGAUGGCUGUUUUAGUCAGUGAGUCUUGAUGCUACAUGCAGCAAUGUUGCGGCGUGGACUACUAGCCUGGGUGUCCCGUGUUGGAGGUGUGCUGGUGAUCCUCUGCUGCUCCCUGUCGCUCCUCUAUGUGAUGAACUGCAGUCCGCCGCACUCUGAUGACCCUCCGCUGAGUCAUGCCCUGCCCCGCGCUGGACCCAUCCACCCCAGCCUGGGGGGCACAGGGCCAGGAAUCGGAGCAGGAGGGACAGGAGGAGCUGGUGUUGCUCAGAUCGGUGGACCCCCUGGCGUUCAGUCUUAUCAGUUGCUCCUCCAAGAGCGUGAAGAGCAGCAUCGCCUCCACAUCUCCUCCUUGAAGAAGCAGAUUGCUCAGCUCAAGGAGGCCUUGCAGGAGCGUAGCCAGCAGCUGAAGGGAGUGCAGGAAAGCCUGAAGAGAGCCAGCGGGGGCCCAAUAGAUGGACCAGAAACCGGGGCUGGUUCGCAGGGUGGUGGUCUUGGGGAGGCUCAUGGAACCAAAGGCCAGCAGGCAGAUCUGCAGGAUUUCCUGCGAAGCCAGCUGUCGAAGGCCGAGGUGACCGCCGGCAUCAGGUUGCCCAGCGAGUACGCUGUGGUGCCCUUUGAGAGUUUCACCCUGCAGAGGGUGUACCAGCUGGAGAUGGGACUGACACGUCACCCAGAGGAGAAACCUGUGAGGAAGGACAAGAGAGAGGAGCUCGGGGAGGUGCUGGAGAUGGCCCUGCACAGCCUCAACACACCAUUAUCCCAGCAAGACAGCAGGGGUGUGGCGGAAAAGACUCAAACGAGCAAAGUGUACUCAUCAUCCGACUUCGUAGAAGGUAUCACCCGGACAGAGAAGGACAAAGGGACGUUGUACGAGCUGACCUUCAGAGGCGAGUCAAGUCAUGAAUUCAGGCGUAUGGUCCUCUUUCGUCCCUUUGGACCACUGAUGAAGGUGAAAAACGAGAGGGUGGACACAGCCAACGUCCCAAUCAACAUCAUUGUCCCGCUGUCCAGACGCACAGACAAGUUCAAGCAGUUCAUGCACAACUUCAGGGAAGUCUGUGUGCGUCAGGACGGCCGUGUCCAUCUGACGGUGGUGUAUUUUGGGAAAGAGCAGAUGAGCGAAGUCCGCAGCACUCUGGAGAACACGUCCAGGGAAGUGAAUUUUAAGAACUACACUCUGCUGCAGCUGGACGAAGAGUUUUCUCGAGGACGAGGUCUGGAUGUAGGAGCCAGAGCCUGGAAGGGAAGCAACGUGCUUCUUUUCUUCUGUGACGUGGACAUCUACUUCAACGCUGACUUCCUCAACACCUGCCGACUCAACACACAGCCCGGUAAAAAGGUGUUCUACCCGGUCCUAUUCAGCCAGUAUAACCCCACUCUGAUCUAUGGAAGUGCUGAACACAUCCCACCUGUGGAGCAACAGCUGGUGAUCAAGAAAGACACCGGGUUCUGGAGGGAUUUUGGUUUCGGCAUGACCUGCCAAUACAGAUCCGACUUCAUAAACAUAGGAGGUUUUGACAUCGACAUCAAAGGCUGGGGUGGUGAAGAUGUCCACCUGUACAGAAAGUACCUCCAUAGCAACCUUUUAGUGGUCCGAGCACCCUCUCGUGGCUUGUUCCACCUGUGGCACGAGAAACAUUGCGCAGAUGAGCUCCCUCCAGACCAGUACCGCAUGUGCAUGCAGUCCAAGGCCAUGAACGAGGCCUCGCACGGGCAGUUGGGGAUGCUGUUCUUCAGGCACGAGAUCGAAGCUCACCUCCGCAAACAGAAACAACAGCAAAACUCAAACCCCAAGAAGACAUAAAGACUUACAGUCGGUUGAAUUAUAAUCACCAAAAUGACUGCAAUCACUUGAUUUAAUCUGAACUACAUCAGAUUUUAAAGGAAUACAUUUCGGAAAAUGUGCUUAUUCUAUUGCUGAGAGGGGAGACUACUACAUAUGGAGCUAGAGCCAGGAGGUGAUUAGCAUAGCUUAACAUAAAGAGUGGAAACAGGGGGAAACAGCUAGCCUGGCUCUGUCAGAAGGUGGGAAAAGCUGCAUACCAGCACCUAUAAAGAUUGCAUUAUAUCUUUUAGCCAUAUAAGAAGUGUAAAAAUAUCUUGUGGUCUUACGGGUGGUCAAGUGCUGGACUAUUUCUUGGCCGAAAAAAGUAAUAGAACAAAAAAGAUUUUGUUCCGUAGGACAGAGCCUUCCCUUUGCUUCCAGUCUUCGUACUUAACUAAGCCAACAUCUGCUGGCUGUAGCUCUAUAUUUAGCAUCCAGAUUGAAGAAUCGUAUCAAUCUUCUCAUCUGACUCAGCAAGAAAGCCAAUAGGCAUGUUUCCCCAAAAUGUCAAAUGUUGAACCUUUAAUGAAAAAAUGUGAAGACUUUUUUUUUUCUUUUUACUUUUCGAGAACUCUGAGCACUUUGUUGCUCUGGAAAGGACAACAUAAAAUUAAGAUGACUUUGAGGAAUUCAUCUACGCAGUUGGAGUGGACUUUGGUUGGACAUGAAUCAACCAGAUCUCCUGUUUGAAACAUCCAUCUGUAGCUUAAUAUCCAUUUGUAAUUUCCUCUGUAACUUCAGCAACGCCUUUCAGAAAGAAUACACAGAACCUAAGUUUGUGCUAUGAAGUUUCUCUGAACCGUGUGCCUUCUGUGAAUGAAACCCAAACACUGUCUCUUUAGGGUGGUCAGUAAAACUGAGGGCUUUUAUAUGUAGGGAAACAGAGCCACCUAGUGGAGUGAAAGUGAACAACAUGUUGGUGAAUAAACAAUGAAGGACUUGUUUAAAGCCUGAAAUGGCCUUGUAAAACACGUUUUGUUAUAUAAAUUAUUGAUCAGUACUCUUCAUCCAUUUUAUUUAUGUAUGUUAUUAUUUUGUAAAUGCCACCAUUUAUAAGGAUUAUGAAUUCUGAUGCAGUUAUUGCCUGGACAGUAUUAUGUGUAGGCCAUUCACCUUUAUUACGAAAUGAGAGUGAUGCUGAGUCAAAGAAAAACAUAGUAUGAAUGACAAUUUCUGUUAAGUAUUUGACAGUUUUUCCACAAAAGCCUUAUAUAUUUAUGUCCAAAAUAUAUCUAAAGAUAAGUUUAUUUUUUAAAAUGUUUAAUUUAAAGACAUACUGUAGACUAAUGUGUGUGUUUUUUUGUGGUUUCUUUUUACAUAACUAAUUCGUGGAUAGAAAAAAUAAAAUCAGUGACUGACAGUAAGUCAGUCCACUGCACGGACACUGACGAUGACUUAAGUUAAGUCAGAAUGAAACUAUUGAUCUUAAUAUUUUUAUUUCUCUCAAUCAAAUGUGGCUCUCGUGUACCUUGUCAUAAAUAUACACACAGAGUUUGUUAAUGAAGAGAUAAUGUGGCAUUACAUGUUACUGCACAGUCACAGAAACUGGAGAUGUUACAAACUUAGAGAUACGACUGCUUUGAUGGUUACUGCAUUUGCUUUAAUAGACUCCCAUAAAUCUUGUUCCAGCACUUCUUCAGUCAAUCAAAACAAGCUGUACAUUUGGUGGAUGACCAAAGAUGUGAAAAAAAGGCACUUUUGUUUUUAUUAUUUGCCAUUGAAACAUUCCUUGUAAUAACACAUUGAAUGCCUUUCUUUACUUUAUUUUUUCACUUCAUGUAAAUUAGUCAAAUAAAACAUAUUUGUGCAUUGUG